GAGCGGUAAGACGCGUAAGAGGAUGCUGGAUACACACAUGGGUUUUUCGCUGUAUAUAAGUUUCACCUGUCCGAGAGGAUGACUGCGGACGGUUGUGAUUCUCUAGAGGUCAUACAAACCACCGCUGCAGAGAUGCUGGACUCCAACGUUUCCACAAAGAUGUUGCGCGAGGACAAUGUCACCAAAAAUUCCAGCUGUAGCUCUGUAUCAGUUGGUUAUCCUAUAACCAUGAUGAUCACUGGCAUGGUGGGCAACUCGCUAGCCCUCAUUCUGGUGUGCAUCUCGUACAGAAAGAAGGAAAACAAAAGGAAAAAGUCGUUCCUGCUUUGCAUCGGAUCGCUGGCGCUGACCGACCUGUUUGGACAGCUUGUGACGAGUCCGAUAGUGAUAUCAGUUUACAGAGCGGGUAUGAACUGGGACCGCAUUGACCAGUCGGGCGCACUGUGCCAUUUCUUCGGCGUGUGCAUGACAACUUUUGGCCUGUGCCCGCUCUUCUUGGCCAGUGCCAUGGCGAUCGAAAGGGCUAUAGCGAUAACAAACCCGCACUGGUACUCCAAUCACAUGAAGACCAGUGUCACAAAGAAGACUUUGGCCUUCAUAUGGCUUCUUGUGCUACUCUUUGCGUUGCUGCCCAUCGCAGGAGUCGGGAAAUACACACGGCAGUGGCCGGGCACCUGGUGCUUUAUCAGCACAGGGGACAGAGAAGUAAAGGGAAAUAUGUUUUUCGCUGUCACUUUCGCCGUUCUUGGGAUUUUGUCUCUGCUUUUAACUCUUUCCUGCAACGUAUUGACGAUCCGGGGCUUGAUUAUCCGGUGUAAAACAAAGUCUGGCACGUCUCAGACUUCAAGGCAAUGGGAGAGACUCACCACGGAGACCGUCAUUCAACUGUUAGGGAUUAUGUGCGUCCUGCUCAUAUGCUGGUCUCCUCUGCUGAUGCUGAUGCUGAGGAUGAUCUCCACUCAGGUGUCCUCCAGUGCGUGCAGUUCCACCCACACCCCUGGCCAUUUAGACUGUGACUUCUUUCUGAUGGCGAUCCGCUUGGCCUCCCUCAACCAGAUCCUGGACCCGUGGGUCUAUCUGCUACUCAGGGAGAUCCUCCUCCGCAAGUUCUGCCUCAUGGCCAACGCCGUGUCCAACUGCUCCACAGAUGAUCACAAGGAGAUUCAGACGGCACUGGCACAAGAAGUGCCAGGAGAGAAACAACCUUCAUAAACCACAAAGUAGCUAAAUCGACCUUUGACACGAGGAUUGUCAUCUUGCAACUUUGAAGCCGGGACAGAUUGGAUGGAUGUGAAAAUGGAUGCAGUAUUGUCUGGGAUGUGCAAUGAAAAAAAAUGAAUGGAUUCCUUUACGCAGAAGGAUAUUGUGCGCUGAGGGAUGAGAUUGCUCCCUGUCACAGUUUUAAUGAGAACCAGCCAGCUCUGGUGCUCUGGGUGCAUUUGUUUUGUUUUAAACACAUUCCAUUCAAAGUCACCCAACCAGCAUGUGGAUGCAUGACCGUGUCACCUCUUAGAUUUGGCUACGGAGUGGCUGCCAGGAACUCUCUCAUUGCUAUUUUUCUGUUUUAAUAACAACAUCUCCCAGGCCCCCAAGCAUUGACUAUGGCUCACUCUAAACUGACUUAUAUGGAAGUGCUGCAUCUCAUGCUUUCUUUUUUUAGUUUCUGAUAUAAGUCAUUGUUUUCAACACCUUGAAGCCAUAAGCUAAUUAAAGGACAAAUACUGUUUGUGAAUGUGCAUAAAUUAAAAAAAAAAAAGCAUGGAUGGGGGUGGGGGGGCUGUAAAUAGCUUACAUGAGGUUGUAAAUAGCUCCACCCAUUUCUUACAUGAAAUGUAGAAAUGGAUCGGUGGUCAUUCAGAAGAAAAAUGAAAAUCUUAAACUGGAGCCAAUUGUUGAUUGUAAGAGUAUUUAUUAAUGUGUGUUUAUUAGUGUGUGGUGAUAGUGAAGUCAUUUCUGUGCUGAAUGCUGGUACCUGUUGGGUAUCAGUUGUUGUAAAUUCAAUAAUACACUGUACAUGGUGUUCCUCGGCCAGCGGCCAGGAGUAUGAAAUGUGAAGCUUUUUGCCCCCCUCGCUUUCCCUCCUGAAUAUGAAUGUACUGGUAAAUUGUUGUGAAAUUGUUUUCUCAGUAAUUUCCUUUUCAGAAAAAUUUCAUGGCCACUGUAAUGGACACCAAGGCACGUGAGGGAAAGGAGUGUGGAUUUGUGAUGUGUAACAUUUUGCGGCUGCACGUGACAGGCUGGUACUGUAGUUACAGGGCUGUAGCUGCAAAGUGCCAUUGAGCAAUCCCUGCCAAUUUAAUUGGAUUAAAAGCAUUAAUUAUCAGUUAGUACACAGUGUGUACCGACACAGGGACCUAAUCUCAACUAGCCAAAUCUUUUGGGAUAUAGAAAUGAGAAUUGGUGCAAUGUUAUAUAACCAGAUACACUGGUAUAAGUAGAGAGAGUUGUUUUUUGGAUAUGAGGCUGAUUAGCAAAAAAAAAAAAAAAAAAAAGAUAGAAAAGAAAUGGAAUACUGGCAGCUAUGUCCAGACUGCCUGAAAAGCUUUUUUGGCACAUUUGAAGCUGCUUGCUGCUACACAAAAUCUGCUGUGGCUUCACAACCUCAGGCUUUCAUCAAUGUAAAGUGGUCACAUUAAAAUACCUGCCAGUACACAGGGUUGUAGCUGCAGGUGCAGCAUGUUUUAAAAUAUCCUUAUUAAUUCAUUUCAUGCUCUUAAUAAGAUGGUGAUCACCUUGGACAUUUUGCAAGUGUCCUUAGAUAUCAGUUUUCUUCUUAUCUGCCAAACUGUGUAGUCAUAGCCCCGAUGCUACCUCUAAAUAGAAGUAAAUGUUAAUGUCCUUGAAUGCCCACAGUGCAAUUUCUCAGAGGUCUCAGAUGAACUCAAGGUACUUUUUAAUGAGGUGGUUUGCUCCCAGUGGACUAAAUGCAAUUGGUGGAGAGUGCUGUUGGAAGGAAAUGGUAAUCCAUUCCUUUUACAGUGGUAUAAAUAUGAACUUUGUCUUGUACAGCACCAUCUCUGUAAAUACUGUAAGUGUGUUCAUAAAGACACACUUACAGUGUGUCCUGUAUGGACACAUUUGCUGUCAUGGUAACCUUCAAGCUGUGAGACAAAUUUCUCUUUUCACCACCAACCAACAGUUCUGCCUUCUCAGCACAGCAGCCAACAAGAUCAGACUAACGCACACGCUGCCUCGCCUGCUGCCUGUUCCUGCCUUUACCUUUCAGAUGUGAGAAUACACACAGGCUCGGUGAUAAUGACCCUAUACGAAGUUGUUAUCUGCGAGAACUGUGUGAAAGAUGAGCAUUUUCUAUUUCCAUGUAUCUGUUUAUCUGCCUACAGAAAGUAGAGUUUAUCCUGUAUUGAUUGUGAAGCUGGUCCUCCUUAGUAGUCCACUCAAAGGAUUAACCUUGGUUGGUGAGUGAAAACAAACACACAAGGAAACAAAAUAUUUGUGUUGCAGGGCAACAAAUUAUUUGGCAUUAUUCAUGAUUUUUCUAGAGUUCAUUGCCAGCCACGAAUGCAGCGAUGUCUAGACGAAGUACCUUUCUCGUUGACGUGAAAGUACUAAUGUAUUUCUCAACAAGUAAUCAGUGUCAUUAACAUCUAAGCACCGUCACACAGACAUGAGCAGUGUUCAUUUUAAUGAAUGCUCCACUAAUUGAGUUUGUGCCACUGCAUUAGGAGCAUUUAUUCCCAGGCAUAUGCUCUUGCUGUGCAGUAGUUAAUAUACAAUUCAACAGCAACAUCUGGGCUUUAAUUCUUGCAUUUAAAACAAUGACUACAUUUAUGCACAAGUUGCUGUAGGGUGUGUCGGGUUUUACGAUCGACUCAAUCAGCUUCCACUUGAAUCUGCGUCAUGUAAUUAUCUCAGCUCUCUCUCCUGGAGAGUCUGAGGCUUCCUGCUCUUCUGUAGAGGAAAAAUAAUUACACAAGGGAAUAACCCCUUAAAGCUGGUUUGGCACUAUAUGUGGUUGUGAAUUUUCCAGGGUCAUUAUAUACUGCCCCAGCCCCAAAGUGGAAAGGAAAUGGAAAAGGAAGAAUAAUAAUUCAUUUAUUUUAAGUAGAUAACAUGUUACACUUCCACUCUCCAUAAUGGACCCAGUCAAAGCAUACACCGAGCAGUAGUUUCUGUGAUUCUCUGAACAGUUUACUCUUAUGAAAUAUGAAUGUUCAUUACACUUAGGGGUGUGACACCGUUAUAUGAGAUGAAAAUAUCCUCAAACUCCAGUUUACUGGCUUCAUUAAGUCUUUCAGAGGUGAAUUUUGCCUUCUGCUACAAACAUGUUGCAUAUUGAUGUCCAAAUUACAUAUGAGCUCCUUUUAAUUCAAGCCUUGACUGUAAGGACUGUCAAGUUUGGUUUGCUCUCAUACCUAAACGCUCUUCGUUUGUGUAAGGAACAGGCCAUUUCAACAGGCAAUUACACACAAGAGCCCUGCAGCAGUGCCGAGGGGAGGGUCCAAUUACAUAAUGAUUUGAAAAAGGCUUUAUGAGGCCCGGAGAAUCUGGUGUUGCCAGCUGGCUCCAUCUCACUCACUCAAGUCACUAAUGCAUGGAAGUGAUUUACUGAUUGUCUCAUGAGCCAGGGAGUCACUUGAUGUCUUGAGAUUUUGAAACAAGAGGAGAUGUGAUCAUUCCUGAAAAGAUGUUUGAUCGUUUGGUGUUUUGCAUUUGUGCUCACUUUUUUUAACACAUAUUUUCCAAUUGCUGAAAAAAUUGGUUACUCAAAUGUUUAUUUGAAUUUGAAAUUCUACAGUCUGACAUUUGAUACUCCUGUGAUAAUUUAAUUUAUGACCCCUUCAAAGAUAUAUUGUGCCAUAAUAAUAAUUACAAUCAUCUUUUGUUCCAUCAUCCUAAAGUGGGGUAGAAAUACAAAAAAGUAUUUAAUUUCACCUGACCCUUUAAACUUUCACUGGUUUUUGUUUUGUAAUGAAAAUAUGGUGACAGAUACAGUCACAUUCUUCAAAUGAAAGAUUGUCACACUUUUGCCACAGCAAUGAUCAGGUGUCCUUUCUAGAAAGAACAGGAUGACUGGAUGAAAUCUUUUUAGUUUCUUAAAUCUCUAUGGUAUCAUGAAAUCACAGACUGGACAAGCGAGUAGUUCACUGAUAAGGUACACAAUGAUCGUUUGCUGCCAGUUUGGAGCUGCCACUCAGCAGAGUUUGCUUGCACAACUUCAGUGUUGGGAAACUCGUCAUGAGCUUUGUUUCAAAAGUUGUUUCUAGAUUUACACUUAAUAAAGGGACAAAUAAAAAGUUAGACAUUAAGUGUGAUCAUUGUGAAAAAGGGAGGUAGCAACAGGUAGGUACAGUCAGGUGCAACAAGCAAAGUCUUUCUCAAGUAUGUUUAAAGGGCAUGUGACGAUGUCACAUGUACAUUCAGUACAAUGGAAACAGGUUUGGCCCAACAGCCACAGCUCAGCUGAAGAAUGUAAAUAAAUACUGGAUGUCUAUCAGAUGUCCAUCUUCUUAUCUUUUCUUCACAUUAUGCCUCUGCUUCUGAAUGUUAAACAAGAACUGUGUGCAUUCUGACUGAAGUCUCUCCAAAACUCUGAACUCUGAGACACGAUUCUCAGAUGAGGGCUAUCUACACGCUUUCACUCAGUUACUGUUUCUCUCUUCGUCUGUUCUUCUGUAUUCAGGUGAGGAAUGCUGUAAAAAAUUUGCAACCCUUUUGUAUUGUUUUCCUUCAGAUAUUUUGAUAUAUCUGUCAUAGAUAGAAUUACGUAACAUGUCGCUGUGAUGAAAAAAAGAAAUAGCUACCUACUGUUCAAAGUGUCCUUUUGGUAUUUAAUGUCUUUGUCCUCUACUUGACUUGUGUCAGUUCAACAUGCAAUGCACUUUUGAUUCAUUUUGUUGCAGUGUUCUCGGCUUAUGUGAUGGUGUAAUAUUGCUAUUCUAUUAAAGGAUAUGAACAUAUUUUUUUGCGUUGGGCUUUUGUGGAUGCUGAAGCAUGUUUUUAAUGAAAUCUUCACUGUCAUUCUAAUUAAUGACUGAUGUAAGUGGGGUGUACAAUGGAUUUAUGAAUAGUGUGUUUCUGAGUGGACUCUGGUGAGGCUAAAUCAAGCAAUAUAUUUAUAAAAUACUGAGAAAUGGGGAUGUGUGGGUGCACAGAGGUCUAAAACUCAUACCACUAAACCACAGUUUCCAGUUUGUUGAGUAUGAUGAGGGACAUUUCUUGCAUGCUUCCCUCCAUUUUCUCACACUCCUCUCUGAACUGUGAAAAUAAAGGCAAAUAAAAGUAUUAAAAUAAUAAUAAUAAUGGCUUUAAUUUUUGUUUUCAAAAUUCCCUUAUGUGUAAAAAAAAUUUGAAAACUGAAAAAGAAUCAGAAACAUCUUCAAAAACAAACAUUUAUUAUGCUGAGUGUGGCAUGUACAUGACAUGACAGUACAUCAUGAUUUAAUGCCUUGUUUCCUGUACUGACAUAUGACAUUCUUGACAUAAGAGAACAAUAAUUUAACUGAGAAUGAUGGGAUUGUUGUUCACUGGUGAAUGGUUUCAACACUGUGAAUGUUGUUAAAUGCUGCUAGCCACUGCAAAGCAUGUGUACACUCCUAUUGUUUGUUGACCUUGUGCAAUAUCUUUCCCAUGGGCAAAUAAAUGGAACAAUGUGAUACCAUA